UUUUUGUCUAUACCUUAACAGAACAAGUUUUUUAUUUCUACUACCAUGACCAAUAAACGACAAUAUGAAGAAAUAAAUAGUGAUGAUAAACAAAUAGAUGACAACAAAAGGAAUCGUAUAGAAAACAAUACCUGUGACCUUGAAAACAGUGUUACUGAGAAAACGCACAUGAACGAUAUUAAUCACGACGCGACUCACAACGAUAUUAAAAUGAUCAAGACCCAUCUUAUAUCCCAGUUAUCUGAACGAUCUACACCAAAACGACUUGUAGGAAUGCAAAACGAAUAUGAUAGCCUGCAUCAAAUCUUAUACCAAACUAUUAGCAAAGGAGAAAGUAAUUCUUGUUUAUUACUUGGCAAUCGUGGAACAGGGAAAACAACCAUGGUUCGACUUGCAUUAAAUGAUUUAACAAAAAAGUUUCCAGCUGGAUUUGUCACUAUACGUUUGAAUGGACUCACUGAAACAACUGAUCGUAUUGCCCUCAAUGAAAUUGCACGACAACUGAUGGUAGCACAAGGAAAAGUACAACAACAACUUCGUACCUUUGCAACAUUUGCAGAAUCCUUUGAAUAUACUUUAUCACUUUUGAAACAAGGAGAUAAAACAACUCUACCAAUUGUCUUUAUUUUGGAAGAAUUUGAUUUAUUCGCUCAACAUCCCAAGCAAACUCUUCUUUACAAUCUAUUUGAUGCCACUCAAAGUGCUCAAAAUCCGAUGGCUGUCAUUGGUCUUACUUGUCGUAUUGAUACUUUGGAUCUUUUGGAAAAACGUGUCAAAUCAAGAUUCUCUCAUCGACAGAUCUAUCUAUUCCCUCCUGCUACUUUUGGUGAUUUUGUAGAAAUCGCUCGUGAAACUUUGAUUGUACCUGAAGGUUUGGUGGAUCAGGAUUUUACGGAAAAAUUCAAUCAAGCUGUGAAGACAGUAUUUGAAGAUUCAUCGAUGAACACUCUUUUACGUCGUAUCUUUGAUAUUACGAAGGAUUUACGGAUGUUUUUCAAGAUAUGUUUUGAACCUGUUUCACAACUUUCGGAAGAAUCAUCCUACUUGUUGGUAUCCCAAUUUAUGGAAUCAAGUCUAGAACAGAGAACAGAUUUAAAGACAGAAAUGCUCAAAGGUGUAUCGCUACUGGAAUUGGUGUUGAUUGUCAGUAUGAAGAAACUGAUGGAAAGAGAUACCCAUACCUUCAACUUUCAAAUGAUUUAUGAUGAAUACAAGGAUUUUAUGACUCAAACUCAAGUGCGUGGUAUGGGACUUGGUAUGAAACUGUAUAAACGAUCUGUAGCACUCAAGGCAUUUGAAAGUUUACAAUCCUUCGAAUUGGUAUGUCCAGUGGAACAAAUAGGAAAAUGUCCAAAGGAAUAUCGAAUGGCAAAGCUGAUGUUGGAACAUGCUCAAGUCAUUGAUGCUGUAUUGAAAUACAAAGAUUGUCCAACCAAUUUGAUCAAAUGGGCCACUGGUGCAACUUAGAGAUUCAGUUAGUUAUUCAUACUAUUAUUAUUUUUAUUUCACUCAUUCAUCAUUCACUGUAUUUAUCAUUGUAUUCUAAUCCUUUCUAUCAUUUUUGUAUAUCAUUUGCAUUAUCACACCUUUUUUUUUCCAUUUUCAUUACUUAUUACAUUACUUUCUGUGUGCCCUUCAUCCAUCCUUUUUUUUUUUUAUCCUCAAUGAUAUCAAUAAAAAUCAUUUUCUUUCGAUGUAGGAUAUUAAAGUCCUUA